CGAGCGGGGAGGAUGGAGGGUGAGGGCAUAGCAGCGAGGACAACGGGUGCACCGUUGACCCGCCAACUUGCCCGCACACUCGCUCGCUCGCUCGCCUGCCUGCGCGAGCCUCCCCGCCCUCCUGCACACUCCCCCACUCACCCACCUAUUCGCUCGCCCACCCGCGCAUGGACCUGCAGACCCGCCGUACCCGCACGUGACCCGUACCCGUGAAGCGGGUACGGUACCAGGGCGGGUACGGGUACGGGUAAGCCCCCGGACACCCGGGGGUUUACCUGCACGACAUGUUCAAGUUCUGGAGGACCCCGCGCUGAUAUACUACUGCGAGAACGAGAUGGUGGACGGCGUGGAGUUCUCGCAUGAGGACGCGUCCCCGGCGUCAUUCCCGUUCCAUCUCCUGAGCAUGAGCAGCGGAAUUGUUCUGCUGGUUGCAGACUACUCAUGUUACACCACUCAUUGGGACCUCCCCACUCGCCCUCGCACCCAGGGCCCAGGAUUCGAAACAGAUAGCUCACACCUGGAUAAAGAUCUGCGUGUGGUGAGCAAUAACGAGUGCCUGGGCUACACUGUAGUGUGUAUGUCAAACAUUUUGCGUGUGUGAUGUACCCCAAGAUGUUAGUAUAGUAUGGCUUGUCGGCAGGAGGUGAACUACCAUGGAUAAACGG